AUGAGCCGCCCCCCGCGCGAGAUGCGCCACGACAGUGGAAGCAACAGCAGCAACAACGGUGAAACGGCAGUGGCGCCACUGCGCCAGCAAGAGUCGCCCGUGCGUCCUUUUGGGCACGACUCAUCAUUGUUGAUGACGUCUAAGCAGCAGCCAACCACCGCCAUAGGGGGCUUUCAGUCGGCAUUCCCCAAUGCUGUUGGCGAUACCAAAGCAAAGAGCGUCAGCGAAAACAUUAUCAACAACGUCAAGGUUCGCAAGGUGCGGGUCUUUGAUGAAAUUACCACCUCCUCUGAGGACUCGGAAGGCGGAGGUGAGGAAGAGAUCACACCAGCUCUCAAACCAAUGGUGGAUUUGCCUUCUCUCGCAGAAGUAGAGUCGAUGCCGCGGGAUAGUCUGGUGCCUGGCGACGACACCCUAAAGGUCGCAGAGGCGAUGGCGUCGCAUAUAAAGCGUCCUUCGUCCACUUCCGGUGGCAUGCCAGCAGCAGCACCGCCAACACCAUUAACACCGCCGAACAGAACACUGAGCCCCAAUCAACUGAACAUCGCUGAUGAGAUCCCUCUGGUAGAUGUUGCUGCACCAGCGCUGCUGUCAGGGGAAAAUGUCCAGCGCGGCAGCACACAGGGUCAUCGUGGCGAUACGCAGGAUGAUGAUGGUGCGCCUGACACACACAAGACGUUCAUGACGCAUGUGGAGGAUAUGUGGGAAUUUGGGAAAGCAACAGACUCUCGCGUACUCGUUAUGUUUACUACCACCCUUGUUGCGUUUCUGCUGAACGCUGUGGGGAUGCCGCUCUCUCAGGUAGAUGUGUUGGGCGGCGCGUGCUACACAUACUGGGGAUACAAGGACGACUGUGAUGCUCACAUAUACACCAACCGCACGGAGUUCAUCACCUGCUUACCCAUCAAGAAGCGGCUUGACGUCGGGGCGGCCUUCAGCAUGAUGACACUUUUUACUCUCCUUGUUGGGCUGGUGUGCUGCACUCUCAUGCUAUACAAGAACCCGCGGUGGCUGCGCACGCCCAUUAUUAUCAUGUUAUCCAUCGCCUUUCUCUUCCAGAUGAUCGCGUGGGCGGUCAUCGCCAACAUUUUUGUUUCACGUUACUGCGAAAAUACAUUGCUUCCGCGGAGCACGGCGUACGGCGUUGCAUUUGGUAUGAGUGUGACGUCGUGGCUCCUCCUCCUCAUCGGAAUGCUUGCAGGUGUUUUGUUGCUCGUGCGGUAG